AUGAGUACUCUUGUCCUUCCUCCCUCGUCUCAUCAUCAUCAUCAUCCUCAUCAUCAUCCUCAACAAUCUCAAACAAAUAUCCAUACCCAACGUCCACAAACUAAUACAAUAUCAAAAACCAAAGCUCGAUCAACUGCUGUUGAUCCACUUCAUGCAAGAUAUUUAAUAGCUCAUAAACUUGCAUCUGGCGGAUUCGGAGAUGUUUAUGCUGGUUCCGAAGGAAAAUUACCACUUGAAGUUGCUCUAUUACGUCGUGUUGCCAAAGUAAAAAAUGUCAUACAUAUGCUUGAAUAUUUUAUACAUAAUGAACAACUUGUUAUUGUACUUGAACGACCAGAACAUUGUUGUGAUUUAUAUGAUUUUAUUUGUGACCGUCCUGGCGGUCUUGAUGAACGUUUAGCACGUGAUUUUUUUAAACAAAUUCUACAAAUACUUAAAGAUGUACAUGCAUGUGGAGUUCUUCAUCGAGAUAUUAAAGAUGAAAAUUUUCUUGUUGAUAUGCGUACUGGACAAUUAUAUUUAAUUGAUUUUGGUUCUGGUGCUUUAUUAAAUGAUGGAAUUUAUACAGAUUUUGAAGGUACUGCAUGUUAUGCAACUCCAGAAUGGGUUACAUGUCGACGAUAUUUUGGUUUACCACAAACAGUUUGGUCUUUAGGAAUACUUUUAUAUGAUUUAGUCUGUGGUGAUAUUCCAUUUUCUGAUGAUUUAGCAAUUAUUAAAUGUCAACCACAAUUUCCAAGUCAUCUUUCAUCAGAAUGUGUACAAUUAAUUGAACAAUGUUUAUCUAUAAGAUCAUCUGAACGACCGACAUUAGAUCAAUGUUUACAAUCUGAAUGGUUAAAAUUUGCAUCAACUAGAGAUUUAUCGAUAUCAUUCAUAUCUCGUCGUCGAAUUGGUGGUGGUGGUGGACAUAAUAAUCAUCAUUAUUUAAAAGACUCAAAUUCGACGUCGAAAUCGACGACGGGCAGUACUUCUUCUCGUGGUAAUUCCUUGUAG